UCCCAACUCCCAACCUCCACCUGCAUCAAUCAUCGCUCGUCCAUCACCACCGUGCCGCCUGUGCCUCUCCACUCCACUCCACUCUGCUCAGCUCACCUCCAUAAGGUUUGGCAUGGAACUGGGACUGGGAGCUCCAACUUCUCCGCCGCCAUGGCGUGGCCAUCUCCUCUUCCGCGCGCUCGUCAUCUUCCUCUGCCUCUGGGUUACAUCUGAGGCAAAUGAACAACAUGUGGAACUACCACCAAGAGGAUGGAAUUCCUAUGAUUCUUUUUCUUGGACGGUUGAUGAAAAUGCAUACUUGCAAAAUGCAAAGAUUUUGGCAGAAAAGUUACUACCACAUGGAUAUCAGUAUGCAGUUAUUGAUUACCUGUGGUACCGGAGGUAUGUUGAUGGGGCAUAUACAGAUUCGUAUGGGUUUGACAACAUUGAUGAGUGGGGUCGACCGUUUCCUGACCUCCAAAGAUUUCCAUCAUCCAAAUAUGAUAAAGGGUUCAGUCAAAUUGCCAAUAAGGUUCAUGAGAUGGGCUUGAAAUUCGGCAUCCAUUUAAUGAAAGGAAUAAGUACACAGGCUGUUAAUGCGAACACACCCAUCUUGGAUAUUGAGACGGGAAAACCCUAUGUAGAGAACGGUCGGCAAUGGGCAGCUCGUGACAUUGGCCUGACCCAUAAAACAUGUGCAUGGAUGCCACAUGGAUUUAUGAGUGUAAAUACGAAUAUUGGAGCUGGACGGGCCUUCUUAAGAUCUCUUUACCGACAGUAUGCGGAUUGGGGUGUUGAUUUUGUGAAGGUUGAUUGUAUCUUCGGUACUGAUUAUAGCCCGGAAGAAGUAAUAACUAUUUCGCAGCUCCUGCAAGAGCUUGACCGCCCAAUAGUACUGUCCAUCUCACCAGGAACUGAAGUCACUGUACCAUUAGCUGAAAACAUCAGUGAACAUGUUAAUAUGUAUAGGAUAACAGGAGAUGAUUGGGACAACUGGAAAGAUGUUAGUUCACAUUUUACUGUGUCAAGUGCCUUCGCUGCUGCGAAUAAGAUCGGGGCCACUGGAUUACGAGGAAAAUCUUGGCCAGAUUUAGACAUGCUUCCAUUUGGCUGGCUAACUGAUCCGGGUGUCAAUCAGGGCCCUCAUAGGCCGUGUAACCUUACAUUUGAUGAACAGAAAGCACAGAUGACACUUUGGUCAAUGGCUAAGUCGCCUCUCAUAUAUGGAGGAGAUCUGAGACAUCUCGACAAUAGUACAUUCAGCAUUAUGACGAAUCCUACUCUAUUGAAGAUAAAUUACUACAGUAAAAAUAACAUGGAGUUCCAUUAUGUGUAUGGUGAGACGACUUCUAAUACCAGACAUUCUGGUCACUUGAGUCCUCGAUAUACUGUAAACCCGACAAAACAUGAUGGCAUGGUCGUGGGUCUCACUUCCUGCACCAAUGACCAAGCUAAUGGAUGGUUUGUAUUUCCACAAGAUGGGAAGUCAGAUCAUAUAUGCAGGAUCUAUGAAACAGAGAAUGGCAAAAAUGUCUCAUUUUGCUUGGGGAAAACAAAACCUCUUCUUGCCUCGGAUGAUGAUAUCAAUGAAAAGGAAGAAGACCAAACAAAGUUCCAUCUGGCAGUUGCAGACAUUAAUGAUUCUUGUUUGGAUGCAUCUGCUAGUCGGCGGCGGACUGCCUCAGAGGUUAAGCUUCUCAUGUUCUCCAGGUGCAAAUGGCAUGCAAGGCAGAUGUGGGAGCUGAAUGACAAGGGUAACCUUGUGAGCAGCUAUUCAAGAUUAUGUGCCACGGUGGAAUCCAGCAAGGAAGCAGUAGGUAUUACUGGAGCUCGUGCAUGGAUUGCAACUGGAAGUAAAGGGGAAAUCUACCUCGCAUUCUUCAACCUUGACUCAGUGAGCCGGAAGAUAACCGUGAGAAUAUCGGACCUGGAAAAGGUUCUUGGGACAGCCUUCGUACGAAAACACUCGUGCAGCUGCAGUGAUGUUUGGAGUGGGAGGAAUCUUGGUCUCGUCGAGGAAGAGAUCUCAGCGGUGGUGAAUCCACACGGUUGCGUGGUGUUCGAACUCAUGUGUUGAGGAUUUGAGGUUUGCCAGACUAGUCACGGUGGGAAUAAUUUUGGGAGCCUACCGCAAUCCCAUGAUAUGAUAUGAUGUAAGCCUACCCUGAACAGCGUGAACCUUGAACAAUAUUGGGUAGUUCGUUUCCAGGUCA